AGCAUUUGUGGUUUCAAAUUUUUCAGAUUUUUAAAGAACUUCUUUUAUUAAUUAAUUUUGUUUAAAAUAUUGAAACGUGGACGGAACCUUUACAAACUCGGUGCUGAGUGGAUCAUACCUAAUCAUCGUUCAAUUAGCUUGGGUGUUGGAGUUCGAAUCUCCGGAACAUGGAAGGUUCCAAGCGAUCGGCGGGUCUCCAGCCUAGUUUAGGCUUGGACGACAAUGACGUCCACGUUGAGUUCUCGCCUCUUCGUCAAGACGACGACGAGGGUGGCAUGGUGACUCUGGACGUGCCGGUGGCAGAGGUUGAACGAGCUGCGUGGGGAUCGAAAACUCAGUUCAUGUUGUCGUGUGUCUCACUGUCGGUGGGACUCGGCAACGUCUGGAGGUUUCCAUAUCUUGUGCAGCAGGAUGGAGGAGGUGCGUUCUUGAUCCCGUACCUGAUCAUGAUGGUGCUGGAGGGCGCCCCGCUUUUCCUCAUGGAGCUCGGCAUCGGCCAGAAGAUGCGCAUGGGAUCCUUAGGCGUCUGGAACAACAUCAGCCCCUGGUGGGGCGGCAUCGGCAUCGCCUCCACCAUCGUCUCCUUCUGCGUAGGACUCUACUACAACGUCAUCAUUGCCUGGUGCUUCUACUAUCUCUUCAACUCGUUCCUGAGUCCGUUGCCGUUCUCGAGUUGUCCUACGGAGGCCGUGGGCAACCUGACGGUACCGGUAGCGGAGUGCGAGAUGUCCUCGGAGACAGCGUACUUCUGGUUCAGGCAGACCAUCGAUGCUGGCGACAGCAUAUCAGAACCUGAAGGUAUCAGGUGGUGGAUGGCGCUGUGCCUGACGCUGUCGUGGCUGCUCGUGUGGUUCUGCAUCAUGCGCGGCAUCCAGUCUUCCGGCAAGGUUGUGUACUUCACAGCCCUCUUCCCCUACAUGAUCCUCAUCAUUUUCUUCGGGCGCGCUGUCACCCUGAAGGGAGCGGGCGCUGGUCUCAAGCACAUGUUCACGCCUGAUAUGUCAAAACUGCUAAACCCGAACGUUUGGAUGGACGCAGCGUGCCAAGUGUUUUAUUCUCUGGGCCUGGCGUUCGGUUCCCUGAUCGCCUUCGCCUCGUACAACCCCAUGAAGAACGACUGCAAGAGGGACGCUAUCUUCAUGUGUGCCAUCACCGUCUUCACGGCCACCUUCGCAACCAUCGACAUCUUCGCGGUGCUCGGCUUCAAGGCCGUCGCCAACUACGAGAAGUGCAUUCACCACAAUACAGCAAAGCUGGCAAGUAUACUGGACCAGCUGCCGGUGCACACUCGUAAUAUCAACGUCACAAUCGACAAUUAUGAAGAGACAUGGCCCGACCUCCUGCCGCACAUACAAGAUAUUUAUGAGAACCAAACGCACCAGCACUUCCAGCACUGCAGUGUCGAAGAGCAGCUUAAUGAGGCGGCUGAAGGCACCGGCUUGGCAUUCAUUGUAUUCACACAAGCCAUCGUGGAGUUACCGGGCAGUAACUUCUGGUCCAUAGCCUUCUUCAUGAUGCUGCUGGCGCUGGGUCUCGGCUCUCAGUUCGGCACCAUGGAAGGCGUCAUCACCAACCUCUUCGACAUGAAGAUCUUCGCGCGUGUUAGAAAAGAAGUUCUUACGGGCUGUGUGUGCUUGAUCUCACUACUGAUUGGCCUGAUAUUCUGCACGGGCGCGGGCGAAUAUUGGCUCAUGUUGUUCGACACGUUCGCUGGGUCUAUGGGCCUGAUCUUCAUCGCCUUCUUCGAAGUGAUGGUCAUUUCGUACGUGUACGGACACAAGAGAUUUACGGACGACAUCGAGAAGAUGAUUGGCCAGCGACCAGGCCUGUACUGGCAAGCAAUGUGGCGCUUCAUAUCACCUCUCACUAUAUUCUGCAUCGUCGUGUCAUCCAUCGUGUACAGAUUCAUGAAUCCUCCAGAGUAUCCUGCGUAUAAGAAGGAACUGGCCAUGGCUAAAAUGGAGUUGUACCCGACAUGGGCGAUGUUCGUGGCGUUCGCGCUGCUGCUGGGGGGCAUCCUGCCCGUGCCCAUCGUGUAUUUCAUGCGCCGCUUCCAGUGCAUCAGACUGGACUCUGACAUCCACCAGGCAUCCAUCAAGAGGGUCGAGACCACCAUGUCCACGCAGGGCAUGAUCAGGAAUGAGGAGGAUCUAGUUGGAGAGGUCCAGUGUAAUUGGUGUAUAUUGUGCCCCAAAUACCUCCUGUGUGGGCUACUCACGUACAAAAAUAACAAUUAUGAGCUCGACGAGUACCGGGAUUCACCUGAGGAGGACGAAGAAGACCGCGGCCUGCAAGCUAACCCUAACAAGUUCCGUAUGGAAGUCAUCGAUUAAAUGCAAGUCUAGGACGCAGCCUUCGCAUCGACUUGACUGAUCGUGCGACAUCUGGAGCUCAGAAGAUGUUUUCAUUAUUGUUUAGAAGCAAUUUGAGAAAAACAGAUAGAUGCAUCAGGAAAUUCAUUCUAUAGUGAAUGAGAUGUGAGACCGUACUCGUGAGCUGACGCUCUGGGAUUUGUGUUAUGGGUAUAAUUUAACUCAAAAUCGGUCGUUUUAAUACAGGUUUCAGCUAACACAAUAAAGAGCUAACGGUAGGAAGCGAGCCUUGCUUAUUUUCAUGUAUUUGUUUCAGAACGCAAAAGUCGCUUACCCAUAUCCCUGUCAAAUGUACGAAUCUGUUCUGUUAAUAUGAUGAGAACAAAUAGUUUAUGUAGGCGAAUUGGAAAUAGUAGAAAGAGUGUUGAGAUUUUUAGUUACGGUGUAUAUUCGUUCUCUAGAUUUCAGAUUAGAUGAGUAAUAUAUAAAUAGUUUCAUAGCGCAUAGCUGCAGAGUGGAGUUUAUGAAAUGCUGUUCAUUCUUGAGGUUAUCAUUGAUGACUGUAGCUUGUAUUGACUCUAUGGGUCGAAAUGUACGAUGAUGAAAAGAAUGAUUGGUCUGACUUUGUUUUGUUGAUUGCUUGACUGGCUGUUGAUUCAGUAUACUAUAUGCCUCGACUUGGUUAGAUAUGUAUUUAGAGGUAACGAUAUUCGACGUCAAAUCGUGUUGCUAUUCCUCAGGACUUGGACUAAUUACGAUAUUAAUCUCUGGCCGUGUGAAAAUCAAUUAAAUGAAGCACUUUUAUAUGUUAUUUGUCUGGUUGAUAAACUUACUGCCAUUAAACACGAUUUUACUUCGCUUCCAUGUACGACCACGCAUUUGUUUCGCGCUGUAAACUUGUGGUAAAGUUUUAAUUUCAUUACUGUUCUUUGCUUGUUUAGAUAACAUAGGUUUUACUUCAGAAAAAGAAAGGAGUGAAUGAGUUUUAUCUCGUAUUAUGGACAUCUUACCCUAUUAGAUCUUAGCAACGAUUGCUAUGAGUAAACACUCGAUUAGUUAGUCAUUCAUCUGAUAUCUACAUCGAUAUGAUUCCGACAACCUUUCUACCCUCUGGUUGAUCUGUUAGUAGGGAAUAUAAAUAAUGAAUAUAAGAAUCUUAUUCAUCGUAUUCUAAAUACAAGCUCCAGUCGCUCAAAAUUUUCAGUUCGUGAUCAUUGAGUUCUUGGUGGCAUUCCUUAUUAAUGUCCAUGAAUUUCUUCAAGUAAUAUUACCGACUUGUGAUAGACAAAUUUGAACGAAUUCGAUACAGAUUAGGAAGUUUGCAAAGCUGUAUUGUAAUCCAGUGAAUAUGAAAUUUUAAUGCGAAUAUUUUUGAAGUGCUUCUCUUGAUUAAGUGCUUAAUUUUAGUUAAGCUGCAUAGAAUAGUAAUUCUGACA